GAAGUCUCCAACCUAAAUGACUGCCAGGGAUCAAACAAGCGGUAGGAGCGGCCGGUGGCGCGCGGGGACGUGUUUCAAAGGAACGGGCUUCAUGCAUCAGGAAGACAAAGCGUCAACCAUGUCCAGGUUUCAUAGUCGCAAUUCCCUGCCAUCUUUAACUAAAAGGCAACUAUUGUGUUCUUUCAAUUUACCUUGUCGCUUUUUGUGCGCACUGAUUGCAAGCUUUUGACCGCUUCACGUGGAGCGUAGUCUCGGCGUUCCUGUUGCCGCGCCCCGGCCACUUUUUAUCGCCAGAACCCGAGACCUUGCGACAAACCUCGGUCUUCCCGCGAGAACACAACCCCUUACCGAGAACACGAGGGGCAAGAAAUCAUCGUUAAUUUAUUUGUAAAUAAACGGCCGGAGGGGAACACCUCGAGGGGAAGCGGAUGGCCGGAGGGCAGCAGGGCUAGCUAGGUUGUUGUCGUCACCACAAGGACAGGACUCCGAUCCAGAACUCCCAGUGACUCUGUUUGGCUGCAGAUAUGGCGGACAUGACAAUUGUUGGAUUUCUUCUCGUCAUUGUCGGAGUGAUGUUUGACCAUGUUGCUGAGGCGCAGAAGGAUGAGAGUGAGUCUAUAGAGCUGGACCUGAGGAAGGGACAGGUGUACGGCUGGAGUAACUACAUCACCGUGCUGACCGGCCCGAGUUACGGCAGCCGGGCAGACUGCGACAGCCAGGCCGUGGUCAGGGUGGACUUCUCGGGCCCGUACAAAUCCGCACGCUUCGUCCUGCAGUACAACGAUCAGCCCCGGCUGUGGACCUUCGACGUGUCCGACUCCCCUGCCGCGGACGGGUACGGAGGAGACCCGGGACUCACAUCCAACAUGGCGGAGACUCAGAUCUUCAACAAGCAAAUGCGCGUGUACAGUAACAACCUGCCGGGCUACAUGGAUGCUACUAUUGACGGGGACUUGUUGAUUCGGAUUGAAGAUGACAUCAUCGACAGAAACUCCCGGCUGAGUCUGGAGAUCAGUGAUGAGCGGCUGGAGUGGAACCGGAUCGGCUCGAAGAAGAAAGGUUACAUCAACAGCCAGUUCCUGUACACCCUGAGCGGACAGAGACCGAUGUACGGGGAGGUAGACUAUUACAUUUAUGCCGGAUUCAACCGCGUGCCGGCGGGGACAUUCCGGUCCGGAUCCGGCCUGUGCAAGGCCUCCGUCAUCCUCCUGAAAGCAAAAGAUGUGGAUGAGUGUAUGGAGGGCACGCAUGACUGCCAUCCCAAUGCCACCUGCAGUAAUACACCAAAAUCAUUCCGCUGCCAAUGUAGACAGGGAUACGUGGGCAAUGGUAGACAUUGUGAAGAUGAGGAUGAGUGUGCAGUGAAUAACGGGGGCUGUGUACACGAGUGCACCAACACACAAGGGAACUACCGCUGUGACUGCUACGAUGGCUUCAUGCUCCACGACGAUGGACAUAACUGUAUCGAUGUUGAUGAAUGUGCUGUAAACCGUGGUGGUUGUCAGCAGAUCUGUCUGAACAACAUGGGGAGUUAUGAGUGCCGCUGUAGUGCAGACUUCGUCUUGAGUGACAACGGCCACACCUGCAUCAGUAACAAAGGUAGUGGGAACUGUAAGAAGCAGGAACAUGGCUGUGCCCACAUAUGUCAGGAGACUAACAGGGGAACUAUCUGCCAGUGCAGGCCUGGGUUUGAACUUGCUCCCAACAGGAAGGACUGUAUAGUGACUUGUUCCCAUGGUAACGGAGGCUGUCAGCACGAGUGCCAGGAUACAGACAACGGGCCUGUCUGCACCUGUCAUCUCAACUAUCUCCUGGCCUCCGAUGGCAAGACUUGUAUAGGUGAGUCUGAGACGUGUGCAGUGAAUAAUGGGGGCUGUGACCGGCAGUGUAAAGAUACGCAGAGCGGCGUACGCUGUAGCUGUCCUGACGGAUUCACCUUGCAGCCAGAUGGGAAGAAGUGUCUGGAUGUUGAUGAGUGUCGUAUCGGCAAUGGUGGCUGUGAUCAUGACUGUAGAAACACAGUUGGCAGCUUCACCUGCUCCUGCCACAAGGGGUACAAGCUGCUCACCAAUGAGAGAACCUGCAUAGAUAUAGACGAGUGUUCCAUCAACGGCACGUGUGACCACACCUGUGAGAAUACACCUGGUAGUUUCUGGUGCUACUGUAACCAAGGUUACCAGGCCUACGGCAUCACACACUGUGGAGAUAUUGAUGAAUGUUCGAUAAACAAUGGUGGCUGUCACCAUACCUGUAAGAACUACCUGGGGCAUUACGAGUGUUCCUGUCGAGCUGGGUACAAGCUUCACCCCAACAAAAAAGACUGCAUAGAAGCAGAGAUGUGUAUACCCCUGAAGGCACCAGCCAAGGCAGUGCUCACCUGUAACAAGGUGGGUGACAAGGAGACGUGUGGCCUGACCUGUAAGACCAGCGCCCACUUCUCCUCAGAGUCGGAAGACACGUACACUUACAGCUGUGGCAGCGACACUGAGUUCGAGUGGACACACGAGAAAGUCAACGCUACCAUGCCCAGCUGUUCAGAGCAUGUCAAUGCACCCAGCCUGAAGAGAAAAGCACAGUUUAAGUUCUCGGCAGACAAAUGCCGACUGAGAAGAAGACACCGAGAACGAUUUCAGGACAACUUCAGCAGGGCAUUAUCAACUCAUGAGUUGUCCUCUCUAACUGGUUUGUCCUACUCAGAGAUAGUGUCCCUCUCUCACAUGGCAGAGCAAAGAAGGUACCCUUGUACAGAGCUAUGUCAGGUAAACUAUGUCAACCUUCGUUGUGGCAACCGCCCCACACGCACCCGCCGUGCUAAAAAACGCCGCGGCAGGCGACGGAAAGGCCGGCGACGUGAGGUGGAGGGUCAGUCUGGGUCGGUCAUUGUGGCCGAGUUUGAACUGCAGAUGAACCCAGAGGAACCUACGGAUAAAUGUGAUGUGAACUGUGUCCGUAGAAGAACAGAAAAGAAGCUUAGAAGAACAGUCAACACCCUGAGGAAAUCCAUCAACAGGGAACAGUUCUUUGUCAGGUUUGCGGGGACGGACUAUGAGGUGAUGAGGAGGUCGUUGAAGGCUGACAGGGGAGUGGAGUCUAUCUGCACACUGGGACAGAUCAUGGUGGGAGACAAGUGCAUCAGCUGCAGUGUUGGCUCAUACUUUAAAAUGGAGAGUGGCCGCUGUGAAAAGUGCCCGUCUGGCACCUACCAGGAUGAAGAGGGGCAACUAACAUGCCAGCCCUGCCCCAGCGAAGGAAGCCGCUCUGCAACUGGCAUUGUUGGAGCAAGGAAUAUCACGGAAUGUGGAGUUCUAUAUCACACCAUCCUAGGCCAGUGUUCCCCGGGCCACUUCAGCUGGGAUGGUUUUGUGCCGUGUAUCCCGUGUGAGCUUGGCACCUUCCAACCAGACCCCGGCAGGACCUCCUGCUUCUCCUGUGGGGGAGGGGUCGGCACCAUCAGCGAUGGGGCUACCAGUUUUGAACACUGCAUUGUUCGGGAAUCCUGUUCAGCAGGCCAGUACUACAAUGUCCAGGCUGGGCAGUGUCAUCGCUGUCCUCACGGCUUCUACCAGCCCAGGGCUGGACAGAACUUCUGUGUGCGCUGUCCAGGCAACACCACCACUGACUUUGAUGGUUCCACCAAUGAAAAUGAGUGCAAAGACAGAACCUGUGGAGGUGAGAUAGGAGACUUCAUGGGGUACAUCCAGUCCCCUAACUACCCCGGGAACUACCCGUCCAACGUGGAGUGUACCUGGCACAUCGUCCCGCCCAAGGGCAGGCGCAUCCUGGUGGUGGUGCCGGAGAUCUACCUGCCUGCUAAGGAUGACUGCGGGGACGUGCUGGUCAUGAGGAAAGGAGCAUCACCAUAUUCUGUGACAACCUAUGAGACCUGUCAGACAUACGACAGGCCGAUUGCCUUCACUUCUCGGUCACGAAAGCUGUGGAUUCAGUUCAAGUCCAACGGGGCCAACAGCCAGAAAGGCUUUCAAGUGCCAUACGUUACCUAUGACGAAAAUUAUCAAGACCUCAUUGAGGACAUUGUGCGAGAUGGUAGGCUGUAUGCAUCGGACCAUCACCAGGAGAUACUCAAAGAUAAGAAACUGGUGCAGGCCUUGUUUGAAGUGAUAGCGCAGCCCCGGAAUUACUUCAAGUACAGCUCAGCAGAGUCUACGGCCAUGUUCCCACGCUCUUUUAUAAAGUUGCUGCGAUCUAAAGUCACCAGAUUCUUCAGACCAUUUUAAAACGACAAAAAGCUGGUGAAGGCACUGUUAGAUGUGAUUGCAGAACCUGUGAAUUAUUUCAAAUAUACAGCUUCCCAAGCGAGGGCCAUGUUCCCACAAUCCCUUAUCAACUUCCUGAGGUCAAAGGUUGCCAGAUUCUUCAGAACAUUCUGAGAAGAUUGUUGCAGUUCCUGUUGAAAGAAAACAUCAUAAGAUGUUGUUGCUACAUUUUUGAUAAAGAAUGUUACGAGAUUUAUGUCAGUUAGGGGGUAAAUGAUAAAAGGUUAUUAAGUCCAACAAUUUGGAACCAAGCUUGAAUUAUGACUUAACUCUUAACAAUAAGAAUAAACUUUACUGUAUCAACCAUUGACUCUGAGAAAGAUGCAUUUUUCUACAGUGAUUAUCAAUCUUAUCACUUAGAACAAGUUAGUACAUGUACACUUUUGAAGUUUACAGUGAAACAUUAAUACUGAGUCUACUGAUAGAUGGUUUGUUGUGAUUGAUGCAGUACAUGAAUGUUGAGAGAUUAUGGUUAAGAGGCAACUACCUGUGUUUUUGGUGAGCUUGUGCAGUGAUAUUGGAGAGUGGAAACCAUGGCCAACUUGCAUUGGUACACAUGUGAAUAUGCAGAUCCUUUAUUUAGAGCCUUCUUCUAAUUAACCAAAAUUUACAGGAAAAUGCGUAGACUUUGCUGACUUAUAUCAGAUAUUAGAUUUGAAGCUUCUAGUAAAAUAAGCGGUCAGAUGUGACCAUAUACCAGUGUUGCAAAUGGUGCAGUAUGUGUAUUAUUUUUGUAGAAAUGAGGAAUUGGUAGGUUUGUUUCAAUUUCAAAUAUUUAGGCUUGGUGUUGGGAAGAGGAUAACUGUUGGGUAUUAGGCUCUUCAUGUGGAACAAUUCUAACAUCAACUGUCUCACUAACAUUAUUUUGUAUGAUACAAAAAGUUAUUUUUAUCGUGAUUUUAUAUCAAUGCAAGGGAAGACUGUGUAAAAGUGUACAGAAGUGAAUUUAACCUAUUGUAGUAUUUUCAAGCUGUCUUGUGUGAAUAGAAAGGGGACAACUAUUAGAGAUGAUUAAUAGCUGUGCAUGGCUUCGGUUGAAGUAGAAAAUAAGUAGGAAAGGAAAUUGAAAAUAGAAAAAAAACAUAUCUAAUGUUUACUUGAGAUGAGGCUCUUACUAGAGUCAUUAAGAAAUUUGAAUAAAUGAAUAGAGCUUUUCUAACAUCUGAAUAGUCUCUCCCUUAAAUGUAGCAAAUUUAUGAACAUCCUGUACAGUAGUGAUUCUACAACACUGUAGGCACCCAUGCCAAAUGUUUCACCAGAAGGGCAUACAUGGAUAACAAUAAAGGAUGGCCUUUCGGAAAAGAAAGAAGACUAAUUUGGUGCAGCAAGCAUUGCUACUCAUAUUGAUUAAAGUUGCAGUCUUUAUGAAGAAACUGUACCUUUGUACCCAUUAGACAUGUUCAGGUGUGGGAAUGUACACAGUGGAGGAAACAAAAUUGGAAUGUCCCUACAAGCUUGUUAUGUUAAUGUUUGCAUAGAUUUGCACUUGAUGUAGAAAUCUUUUAUGUGGGAAAGUGCUUGGAUUGAGGUAUUUUGAGAGUGUAUUGUAGUUAGUCUUUUAUAUUUCUUCCCUAUGCUUGAGAGUUUAUUGUCUUUUUUGUAAUGCACUCAAAAGUGCAACUCUGAGAUGUACUGAUGUAUUAUACAUGAUAGUUAUUGCACGUACGCAUGUAAGGGGCAGCAAUGGAACAUGCUUUGGGGUGAUACUUGUGACAGCAACAUUUAUUGUCUAAAAUGAUUUUUACACAAUAUUCUUUCAUUACAUGCCCAUAUGUAGCCAUUAAAGAUACUUUACUAGGUUUCUUCCUCUAGAAUGUGGCAACAGCUUGCAAUGGUUAGUUUAUGCCAUUUUAUACUGUUAAUUGCAGUUUACACCAACAGUCUCCCAAUAUUAAAGUCUGUAUGUCAUUUCACUGGAAUAAUUAAAAGCCAGUAUUGGCACCUGCAGCUUUUUC